AUGUCUGCGAACAACGUCCCGGCGGCCGAGAAUGCCCCUCCCUCCUCCGUCACCGAUGCUGUCUUGGUCGCAUCAGAGCCUGUGCCAGAAGGCACACAAAAAGUGAGCGGAGUGGACUUUGAUCUUUACAAGGACCGGGACAUUACUGUUGCCGAAUUGGUCGACAACAUGAGAUACACGGGCUUUCAAGGCAGUGCGGUCGCAGACGCUGCCCGCAUCAUCAACAACAUGAAAGCUUACCGCCAUCCCGAAACCGGUGCCAAAACGACCAUCUUUCUCGGGUACACUUCCAACUUGAUCUCCUCCGGCCUCCGCGACACUAUUCGCUACCUCGUCAAAAACAACCAUGUUUCCGCCAUUGUCACCACCGCUGGCGGUGUGGAAGAAGAUUUGAUCAAGUGCUUGGCGCCAACCUACAUGGGCUCCUUCUCUACACCUGGCGCGGGACUGCGGGCUAAAGGUUUGAAUCGGAUCGGCAAUUUGAUUGUCCCCAAUAGCAAUUACUGCGCCUUUGAGGAUUGGCUGGUCCCGAUUCUGGAUAAGAUGCUAGAAGAGCAGGAGGCCGCGAAGAAGAAGGCGUUGGAAACGGGGGACGAGGAAGCCGAACUGCACUGGACCCCGAGUCGCAUCACCGAACGCCUGGGUCGUGAGAUCAACGACGAGGACUCGGUGCUGUAUUGGGCCGCCCGCAACAACAUUCCCGUCUUCUGCCCGGCUUUGACGGAUGGCUCCCUUGGAGACAUGCUCUACUUCCACACUUUCAAAUCUUCCCCGCAACGGUUGCGCGUUGAUAUCGUCGACGAUGUGCGCCGGAUCAAUACCAUGGCGGUCCGUGCUGCUCGGGCGGGAAUGAUCAUCCUCGGAGGUGGAGUCAUCAAACACCAUAUUGCGAAUGCUUGUCUGAUGCGGAACGGUGCGGAGCAUGCGGUCUACGUGAACACUGGUCAGGAGUUCGAUGGAAGCGAUGCCGGCGCGCGACCGGAUGAGGCCGUCAGCUGGGGCAAGAUCAAAGCUGACGGUGAAUCGGUGAAGGUAUAUGCGGAAGCUACAGUUGUCUUCCCACUCAUUGUGGCCGCUUCUUUUGCGAGAGCAGAUGCAGGGGCACCGGAUGCCUCCCAGGCCUAG